CAGGUUCUUCUUCAGUGAUCCUCUCUGCUGCAGCUCUCGCCAGCCUCUCUGUGUCCUCCAACAUGGCCUCCUACAGCUCCUCCGGUCAGACCGCCUCAUCGUACCGCCGCACCUUCGGUCAUGGCACCUACGCCUCACCGUCACUCAACCGAUCCCUGCUGGGCCACAGCGGCAGUGGCGGGGGUCAUGUCUCCUCCAGGGUCUAUGAGGUGACCCGUACCAGUGCCACACCAGCUUACCGGGUCUCCUCAAGCUACUAUGGCAGGCCGGCGACGACCUCCCGGGCAUCCGUUGGGCGCUCUUAUGCCGGCAUGGGUGAGACGCUGGACUUUAGCCUGGCGGAUGCCCUCAACCAGGAGUUUCUCACCACACGGACCAAUGAGAAGGCCGAGCUGCAGCACCUGAACGAUCGUUUUGCCAGCUACAUCGAGAAGGUCCGCUUCUUGGAGCAGCAGAACCAGGCGCUGGUGGUGGAGGUGGAGCGCCUGCGAGGCCGUGAGCCCACGCGCAUUGCCGACCUGUACGAGGAGGAGAUGAGCGAGCUUAGGAGGCAGGUGGAGAUCCUGACCAAUCAGAGGUCACGCAUAGAGGUGGAGCGGGACAACCUGCUCGAUGACCUGGAUAAACUCAAAAUCAGACUCCAGGAAGAGAUUCUUCAAAAAGAAGAAGCAGAAAACAACCUGGCUGCUUUCAGAGCGGAUGUGGACGCUGCCACUCUGGCCCGUCUGGACCUGGAGAGACGCAUCGAGACACUGCAGGAGGAAAUCGCUUUCUUGAAGAAGAUCCAUGAAGAGGAGAUCCGUGAGCUGCAGGCCCAGAUGCAGGAGACUCAAGUCCAGAUCCAGAUGGACAUGUCCAAGCCGGACCUGACAGCAGCACUACGAGACAUCAGGGCUCAGUAUGAGGGCAUCGCCGCCAAGAACAUCGCAGAGGCUGAGGAGUGGUACAAGUCCAAGGUGUCAGAUCUGAACCAGGCGGUGAGUAAGAACAACGAGGCUCUGAAGCAGGCCCGUCAGGAGACCAUGGAGUUCAGACACCAGAUCCAGGCCUACACCUGUGAGAUUGACUCCCUCAAAGGCACCAAUGAGUCCCUGAUGAGGCAGAUGCGGGACAUGGAGGACCGUCAUGGACGAGAGGCCGGCACCUACCAGGACAACAUUGCCCGGCUGGAGGCGGAGAUCGCCAACAUGAAGGACGAGAUGGCACGCCACCUCCGUGAGUACCAGGAUCUACUCAAUGUCAAGAUGGCGCUGGACGUGGAGAUCGCCACCUACAGGAAGCUGCUGGAAGGAGAGGAGAGCAGGAUUGCCUUGCCUGUGCAAACCUACUCCACGCUGAGUUUCCGAGAGACCAGCCCUGAGCAGCAGCGCUCCUCUGAGAUGCAUUCAAAGAAAACUGUCCUCAUCAAGACCAUCGAGACCCGCGAUGGAGAGGUCGUCAGCGAGUCCACGCAGCACCAGCAAGACAUCAUGUAACAACCUGCAGGACAUGAGAAGAGAAGAAGAAACAAAAAGCACUCAUGUGUCCCUGCCUGAGACGGACACAUGAAAACAAUAAAGAAACAAGCAAAAGAAAUAAAACUAAGAAAUAAGACUUUA